GCUUUUUGUUUCGUAUAUUAUAACUCAAUUCAAUGCAUGUAUUGCUUUAAUACCAUUAAAUUGUCAUAAUAUUUAACACCGAUAUUAGCCUUAAAUUCACUGAAUUCACGACAGAAGAUAAAAUUACUUAAAUUUGAUAUAUUUCUAUCGUUGCUGUCAUGAGUGCCAAACGCGCGGCCGAUAGUGACCGACAAAAUGGCUUUAAAGACUGUGCGAACGAUUCAGACCACUCCGAGUCAGAGUCGCCAUCAGUUGCAGUGUUAGAGCCCAUCGCCGAACAGUCUUCGCAAUUAACGAAUCCCGAUAUUAGACAUGAAAGGGACGGAUGUAUACUCUCGACACAAUCGGGACAACUGCCACAACCCAUUGCCUCCACUUCACAUUCGUCGUCGACAGCGAGCCCUCCGUUAACUGUGCCGACUAUAUCUGCUUCAUUGCCAGAACAGACGGGAUCUGAAGACGAGAUCGACAGGUCUGUCCCCACAGGUGUAGUCCUCAACACUCAUUCCAUCGGCGAAUUGAAGACCGACCAACACAUGGUUCACGUGAUGACAUGCGAUCAACCCAUGAUUGGAUCAGAAUUUUAUGCCAUGAAAUCAAAUCCGCGCGGAUAUUGCCUUAUAUUUAAUAUAAUUGAUUUUCCCGACCAUUCCCUUCAAUUUCCCCAUCGAUUGGGUUCCGAAUCGGAAGGCAUUCGGUUGAAGAAAAUCUUCGAACAGUUGCACUUUGAGGUCAAUAUCAUUAAGAACCCAAACAAGAAAGACAUCGAAACUACUGUCGAAGAAUACUCGCAAAAAGAGGAACUCUUAAAACAAGACUGUUUUGUUCUCAUAGUUCUGUCGCACGGAAAGGAUGGCGGAGUAUUCGUCGCGAGUGACGGCCGAUAUAUUUCAUACAAAGAUAUUGUCGAACAAUUAAAUAACAGGAAUUGCAAAAAUCUCAUUAAGAAACCCAAGUUAUUCUUCUUCAGCUGCUGUCGCGGACACGAUAGAGACUAUGGCGUGGAUUAUGAAGUGGAAGCGUUGGCCGAAACAAUGAAUUUAGAUUCGGUUACAGCGGACGCCGGACUCAUCCCAAUGGACAGAAUAAAGCCACAGGUUGUUAGAGUUCCGGUCGUUAGCGAUGUUAUGAUUUGUUACUCGACUAUUGAUGGAUACGUCUCGUGGCGUCACGAGGAGAACGGCACGUGGCUUGGGAUGGCUCUCUGCAAAGUGCUCACUAAGUCCGCCCACACAACCGAGUUAUUACAACUCCUCAGACAAAUUUCAGAUGAAGUGUCACUCAAAGAAAGUGAUGAAUACGGGGCCAAACAAGUGGUUGAAGUUAUACAGAGAGGCUUUACUAAGCAAUUCUAUUUCAAUCCGGGCUAUUUUGCCGACACCGCCUCAUCUACUAAUUGAUUAAGCGCUCAAUUUUAUAACCAUUCCAAUCGUGACUUCAUUUAAAGUAUAAACUGUUUUUUGGAUUAUUUAUGAAUUGAGUCUCAAAUUUAAAUGUUUCUAUUAAACUGAUAUAUUCUUCUAUCAAGUGAUUAACGAAAUCUCCAUUUCUAUGCUUAUAAUUAUUGUUUCAAUAAUAUUAUUCUUAAUUUAACGUAACUUAUCGUAC